AUGAUUGGAGUUGAGAAAGUGACAAUUUGUAUGAGAAUAGAGGUUUUGGGUCUUUGGUAUAGUUGGCAAAUAUCAGGAGUUCAUGAAAGUUCAGAUUGUAGCGAAAUCAAAUUUGCAUUCGACGCAGUAGUAAAACGCGCGAGGCAUGAAGAGAAUAAUGCAGCAGCACAGAAGUUCAAAGGCGUUGUGUCUCAACAAAAUGGGAACUGGGGUGCACAGAUAUAUGCACACCAGCAGAGAAUCUGGUUGGGGACCUUCAAAUCUGAAAGAGAGGCUGCAAUGGCUUAUGACAGCGCCAGCAUAAAACUUAGAAGCGGAGAGUGCCACAGAAACUUUCCAUGGAACGACCAAACAGUUCAAGAGCCUCAGUUCCAAAGCCAUUACAGCGCAGAAACAGUGCUAAACAUGAUUAGAGAUGGCACCUAUCCAUCAAAAUUUGCUACAUUUCUCAAAACUCGUCAAACCCAAAAAGGCGUUGCGAAACACAUAGGUCUGAAGGGUGAUGACGAGGAACAGUUUUGUUGCACCCAACUUUUUCAGAAGGAAUUAACACCAAGUGAUGUGGGCAAGCUCAACAGGCUUGUCAUCCCAAAGAAGCAUGCAGUUAGCUAUUUUCCUUACGUUGGUGGCAGUGCUGAUGAGAGUGGUAGUGUUGACGUGGAGGCUGUGUUUUAUGACAAACUCAUGCGAUUGUGGAAGUUCCGAUACUGCUAUUGGAAGAGCAGCCAAAGUUACGUGUUCACCAGAGGCUGGAAUCGGUUUGUGAAGGAUAAGAAGUUAAAGGCUAAAGAUGUCAUUGCGUUUUUUACGUGGGGAAAAAGUGGAGGAGAGGGAGAAACUUUUGCAUUGAUCGAUGUAAUUUAUAAUAAUAAUGCAGAAGAAGACAGCAAGGGAGACACCAAACAAGUUUUGGGAAACCAAUUACAAUUAGCUGGCAGUGAAGAAGGUGAAGAUGAAGAUGGAAACAUUGGAAAGGAUUUCAAUGCACAAAAGGGUCUGAGGCUCUUUGGUGUGUGUAUCACCUGA